AUGCCGUCCGCCACCGGCCAGAACUGGGAGAAAUACCAGAAGACAUUUGCAGACGAUGAGGUAGAAGAGAAGAAGAUCACACCUCUGAGCGAUGAGUUCGUCCUUCUUCCCCCAUCCCUCUGUCUAUCAGCUAACGUAACCUCCGUCUCAAGAGAUAUCCAAGUCCUCAAGACCUACGGCGCCGCCCCCUACGGCUCCGCCAUCAAGAAUCUCGAGAAGCAAAUCAAGGAGAGGCAAGAGAGCGUCAACGAGAAGAUCGGCGUCAAAGAGUCCGACACCGGCCUCGCACCACCACAUCUAUGGGACACAGCAGCCGACCGCCAACGGAUGGCCGAGGAGCAACCGCUUCAGGUAGCGCGGUGCACCAAGAUUAUUGCCGAUGAGCGCGACGAGUCCAAGAGCAAAUACGUCAUCAACGUCAAGCAGAUCGCAAAGUUCGUCGUCCAGCUCGGCGAGCGCGUCUCCCCCACCGAUAUCGAGGAGGGCAUGCGUGUUGGCGUCGACCGCAACAAGUACCAGAUCAUGCUGCCCCUCCCACCCAAGAUCGACGCCACAGUAACCAUGAUGACCGUCGAAGAGAAGCCCGACGUCACCUAUGGCGACGUCGGUGGUUGCAAGGAGCAGGUCGAGAAGCUGAGGGAGGUCGUCGAGAUGCCCCUGCUGUCCCCCGAGCGAUUCGUCAACCUCGGUAUCGACCCCCCCAAGGGUGCUCUGCUGUAUGGCCCUCCCGGUACCGGCAAGACUCUCUGUGCCAGGGCCGUCGCAAACCGAACAGACGCCACCUUCAUCCGCGUCAUUGGUUCCGAGUUGGUCCAGAAGUACGUGGGUGAGGGCGCACGCAUGGUCAGAGAGCUCUUCGAGAUGGCCAGAACGAAGAAGGCUUGCAUCAUCUUCUUCGACGAAAUCGAUGCCGUCGGUGGCGCUCGAUUUGAUGAUGGAGCUGGUGGUGACAACGAGGUGCAACGUACCAUGUUGGAGUUGAUUACACAGCUGGACGGUUUCGACGCCAGAGGAAACAUCAAGGUCAUGUUCGCCACCAACAGACCUUCUACUCUGGACCCUGCGCUUAUGCGGCCUGGUCGUAUUGACCGAAAGAUCGAGUUCUCCCUCCCUGAUCUCGAGGGACGUGCCAACAUUCUCCGCAUCCACGCCAAGAGUAUGAGCGUCGAGCGCGAUAUUAGAUGGGAGCUCAUUUCAAGACUGUGCCCCAAUGCCACUGGUGCCGAGCUGCGCAGUGUAUGCACGGAAGCCGGCAUGUUCGCCAUUCGCGCAAGGAGAAAGGUCGCUAGUGAGAAGGAUUUCCUGAGCGCCGUCGACAAGGUCAUCAAGGGCAACUUAAAGUUCAACUCGACCGCUACAUACAUGCAGUACAACUAA